UUAGGAAAAUGCCAACUUCUGAUGAUAGUGAGUGCACCGAUGAUCUAGAAUAGUGUAGUUGCAAGUUGCAACUAUUAUCAAUAAAUUAGCUUAAUCCUUAAUCUUAGUUGCAGGAUAAUGAAGAGUACAUCUUGGGAGAUACAUUUUGCAGACUGAGUGUCAUUCUACUUUUAAAACUGAAUAUAGGCUAGGACAUCCAGAUGUCACAGUUCUUGAUCCUCCAGAUGCAAUACUACAUCUCCGUAAUCGUCAGUCAAUGCUUCAGUGUGUUGCGGACAUGAAUCUGUCUGAUAGUUAUGGACGAGUUGGUGUCCCCAAACAACUGGUAAUUAAAAGGGAUGCAUCCUCGAUCCCCGAGGCUGUCAAUAAAGCUGGGCUGGGACUACCUUUUGUUGCGAAGCCUUUGGUUGCUGAUGGAAGUGCAAAGUCACAUGAGCUUUCAUUGGCUUAUGAUCAGCACUCCCUUCUGAAGCUCGAGCCUCCUCUUGUUCUUCAGGAGUUUGUUAACCAUGGAGGUGUUCUUUUCAAGGUUUACAUUGUUGGGGAAGCUAUUAGAGUGGUCCGGCGUUUCUCCCUACCUGAUGUCUCCAGACGAGAACUCUCCAAAGCAGCUGGUGUAUUCCAUUUCCCCCGGGUCACUUGUGCUGCAGCUUCUGCUGAUGAUGCAGAUUUGGACCCAAACAUCGCUGAGCUUCCGCCACGUCCAUUGUUGGAGAGACUGGCAAAGGAACUUCGUCGUGGAUUAGGUCUAAGGCUGUUCAAUUUAGACAUAAUUAGAGAGCAUGGGACAAGAGAUCAGUUCUAUGUUAUCGACAUUAACUAUUUCCCAGGAUAUGGUAAGAUGCCAGAGUAUGAGCAUGUAUUCACUGAUUUCUUAUUGAGUGUGGUGCAAAGCCAAUGUAAGAAACGAGCCUUGGCAGAUCAAUACUAACUCGAGGGAGAGACCAUUGUCCCUCCCCAAAGAAAAAAA